AUCCUCUUUAUCUUCAUCAGUGUGUUGUGGACUUCUGCUCCUGGAUCGCGAUGUUUGAACGCGACGGAGGAGCCGCGACGCGUCUGGAGAACACGCGCUCGAGCAUGACGCGCGCGCUGCCCGUUCUCCUGUGCGUGUUCACGCUCAUCAGAAGUGGAGCGUGUGCAGACUCAGAGGAGCGUCUGAUGAACUGGCUGCUGGGUAAAGAUCGCUACAACAAGCUGAUCCGGCCGGCGCUGAACCGCAGCGAGCGAGUGACGGUGGUCCUGCAGGUUUCCCUGGCGCAGCUCAUCAGUGUGAAUGAAAGAGAGCAGAUCAUGACGACGAACGUCUGGCUCACUCAGAACUGGAAUGAUUAUCGUCUGUCGUGGGACCCGGCUGAGUACGAGGGAAUCGACAAGCUCCGGAUCCCGUCCAGACACAUCUGGCUCCCGGAUAUAGUCCUGUACAACAAUGCUGACGGCACGUACGAGGUGACGGUCUUCACCAACGCAAUCGUCCUGUUUAACGGCAGCAUCGCAUGGCUUCCCCCCGCCAUAUACAAGAGCGCCUGUAAGAUCGAGGUCAAGCACUUUCCCUUCGACCAGCAGAACUGCACUCUGAAGUUCCGGUCCUGGACGUACGAUCACACCGAGAUCGACCUGGUCCUGAAGACCGCGGUGGCCAGUAUGGACGACUUCACUCCCAGUGGAGAGUGGGAUAUUCUGGCUCUGCCGGGCCGGAGGACGGUCAGCGAUCUGGACCCGACCUACGUGGACCUGACCUACGACUUCAUCAUCCGGCGCAAGCCUCUGUUCUACACGAUCAACCUGAUCAUCCCCUGCGUGCUCAUCACGUCGCUGGCCAUCCUGGUGUUCUACCUUCCUUCAGACUGUGGAGAGAAGAUGACGCUGUGCAUCUCAGUUCUGCUGGCGCUCACCGUAUUCCUCCUGCUGAUCUCCAAGAUCGUGCCGCCCACUUCACUGGACGUUCCUCUGAUUGGGAAGUACCUGAUGUUCACUAUGGUGCUGGUCACGUUCUCCAUCAUCACGAGUGUGUGUGUGUUGAACGUGCACCAUCGUUCCCCGAGCACACACAGCAUGCCGGCGUGGGUCAAGCUGGUGUUCCUGGUCCGGCUCCCAGCGCUGCUCUUCAUGCAGAGACCCCGAGGGACCGCGACUCGUGGGAGCCGGCGUCUGCCUGACCACACCCCGGGCAGGUCUCUGUUGGGUCUCAGAUACGCAGCUGCUGGUAAAUCCGGCAUGUCCUCGUCUGCGUCUGCGCUGCUGGCUUCGACUCUCUCGUCACCGGGACACUUUUACAACAAGGGCCCUCAAACGCACUACAGCUCCGGCUCUCGGAGAGGAGACCCGCGGGCCUGUGGACAACAGAACUGCUCACAGGACCUGAGGGGGAACAGGCCGGCUGCAGACUGGGGACAACAGAACUGCUCACAGGACCUGAGGGGGAACAGGCCGGCUGCAGACUGGGGACAACAGAACUGCUCACAGGACCUGAGGGGGAACAGGUCGGCUGCAGACUGGGGAUCUGAGGUUCAGGAGGCUGUCGAUGGCGUUCGCUACGUGGCCGAUCACAUGAUGGGAAAUGAUGAUGAUCAAAGCGUCAUCGAGGACUGGAAGUAUGUGGCCAUGGUGGUGGACCGCUUGUUUCUGUGGAUCUUCGUGAUCGUGUGUGUGGUGGGAACUCUGGGUCUGUUCCUCCAGCCACUCUUCCAGAACCAGGGCGUUCCCAUCCAGGAGAACCCCAAACGGGACGGCGUAUGACGAACACUCUCUGUGACUGAGACGUUAUUCUGAGACUCUGAGAGGGAACUGAUUUCCACUAUUGUAAUCUGUAGAUCAGGAACCAUCGGACCCAGAAGACGCUCAGAUGCACUCGUGGCACUAAAUGGAACUGCAGAAAUUAUUAUUGUUUUCAUACAGAUUUCACUCCCCUUGUCUGCCAUUGGUCAGAUAAAGCAUUUAACCCCACCCACCGACUCACUCUAUUGGUUGAGCCAUUGUUAGUCACUUUUUGUUUAACCUUUCAAGGAAAUAAACCUACAAAUGACCCAUUUAGUCUCUGCAUAUUAAGCUGGGAUAAUAUUAUUUUAAUGUGAACAGAAAUUACACACUUUUAAUUAUCCUAAAUGUGUUUACACUGAAAAAAAAAUGUGUGUUUGUUUUUACUUAGAAAUUGCUUGUUAAUUUCACAAAUAAUUACAAAGAAACGGCAAGUA